UGUGAUAUAGUGCGGUAGCUGGUCACAUUUCAUGUUUAUUAAACUUCGUCUUAAUGGUUAAUAGAGGAACUACAUGUUCGCAUCGUACUUUCUUUUAACAUCGCCUGGUGUCAUAGAAAGUGUCAAUAGUGUGAUGCAGUAUGGCUAUGUCGUUCUGCAAGUUGUGAUAUCCUCAAAAGUGUUUUCUAUGGCGAAUGAUUUUCGAUAGGUUAGAUGCUUUGAUCUCAUUUCAGAGACUAACCCUCAUGAAGCUUGGAAGCACCUCAUCCUUUUGGCGUAUUUUCUACGCGAUUUCUCACCUGUUGGGUAAAUGGAUAACACUGCAUCAAUUUGACAAAGCAAAAUCGAAGUAAAAAUUAGCAUCUACUUUUGCCAUUAUUAUUCUCUGUAGAAGAAACACCGUCGCUGCAGUGGAGAUAAUCGUGGAGACAUAUAUAGUGAGUGUUGGACUCCCGCCACGUGAAAUUUCAAAACGCCAUCGAACGAGAAUCGCCCAUUUCGGCAACUGUAUCCCGCAACUGUCUGAAGGGGUGUCUGUCUAGUAAAGCUAGUUGACUGUUCAAUUAUUGUUGGAGUAAAAGGAAGUAUUCGCGUGGUGAUUAGUGGAAUAUAGUCCGACCGUCAAAUAAAUUGUUAAUUGAAACUUUUGAAAACAUCGAAAUUUCGAUAGAUAUGCAUGGACCCACUUUAGUUUUACUUAGUCUGGUGGCAUUUUCGUUAGUAAACGCAAAGAAAGCCGAAGAGCAGCCAGACUGGGCGAAAAAAGACCCUAUUCAUUACACGGAUGUCGACGUCGAACGGCUUCUUGAGCAGUGGGACGAAGAUGACGAAGUUGACGAGGACGAUAUUCCGGAGCACAAACGGCCCCCACCAAAGGUUGAUAUGAGCAAAUUAGACCCUAGUAACCCAGAAAGCUUUCUUAAACUCAGCAAAAAAGGUCAGACGCUGAUGACAUUUUGUACUACCUCGGAGCCAACAUCCCAUGAUAAGACAGAGCAACUCUCAUCAUUGUGGCAGACAGCUUUACACAACAAUCAUAUACAGGUUGAACGAUACAUGAUUGCUGAUAACAGGUUCAUCUUUAUGUUCAAGGACGGCUCACAGGCCUGGGAGGCCAAGGACUUUCUUGUCGAUCAGGAAGGUUUCGAACAGAUCACUAUUGAAAAUAAACCUUACUAUGGAAAGUAUGCUAAAAACAGACCUAAAGAUGAACUCUAAGAUGAUUACGAUAAAUCGAUAGAUAUCUACCUGAUAUUUAUAUAUUCAACUGUUGAAAGUGAUGUAAUGUUUUUCUACUCCGUACACCUACUUCCAAUGCCAAAUUCGUAGGCAGAUGAUGCUUAGCAAAAAUUUAAUUUAAUUGACCGCGAGGCCAUGAUCUGUAAAUAUUGAUUAGCAAUACUUAACGCUAAUAAUAGAAUUUCUUAUAGCGAUGCGGAGCAUUUAAAUAGGGUAAAUAACAAAUGCUUGUAGAAACGCUAUUGCAAUUAUUAUUGUACAAUAAAAACACAGAUGAAGUGAAAAGAGCGAUAGUUGGGCCUGAAGUCUUAAACUGUGCUUAUGUGCGAUCUUCAGCUUCGAAAUUCGAUCGUCAGUGUGAAUUGAGAUAUUUAUUAGAAGCCAACUGUGGAAACGUUCAGCGAGACACUCAGGCUAGCCUAUAGAGGAUGUCGUGACGUGAAUAAAAAAGUUGUUGGAUCCCAACGAA